AUGAUCGUCGCGGAGAAUUUGUUGGGCGCCGCGGAGGAUUCGGGCACGCGCGUCGCCUGCUCCGUCGCCGAGGCCGAGGACGUGCCGGGCCUCGCGUUCGCGCUGCGCCGCGGCGUCGACGCGCUCGUGCUGGAAGACGGCUGCGACGCCGCGACGCUGGAGGCGGCGACGAUCGCCAAGGCGCAGCGCGCGGAGGACGCGGCCGACGACGCGUUGGCGCGCGACGUCGACGCGCGGGACGCCGGCCCGACGCUCGAAGCCUGGGACGUCGUCGGCGUCGAGGAGGGCUCCGUGUCGGACCGCGUCGCGCUGGACCUGACGUCGCUCAUGGCCCACGACGAGGGCUGCCUGGUGGGGUCGUCGGCGAAGGCGCUGGCGCUCGUGCUCGGGGAGACGGCGACGGGCGGCUUCGUGCCGCCGCGGCCGUUUCGCUGCAACGCGGGGCCCGUGCACUCGUACGUGGCCAUGGCCGACGGCAAGACGAAGUAUUUGUCCGAGGUCGGCGCCGGCGACCGGGUCCUCGUCGUGUCGGGCCGCGGGUCGCGCGCCGCGGAGGUCGGCCGCGCCAAGGUCGAGCCGCGGCCGACGCUCCGCGUGGACCUCCAGCGCGGGGGGAAGAAGGGCAACGUGUUCCUCCAGCAGGCGGAGACCGUGCGGCUCGCGGGCGCGGCCGGCGACCCCCUCGCCGUGACGAAGGCGAAGGCGGGCGACCGCGUCCUCGUCGCCUUCGACGACCGCGGCACGCACGUCGGCGGCCGCAUCUCCGUCCGCGUCGACGAGCGGUAA